CAUCAACUUGGCUAAGACAUUGGAGGCCAAAUCCGCCCUCAUCCAGACGUUAAGAGCUUCUUAUUUCCCAAGGCCUCCGGUUCUCUGCAGUCGUGACUCUCUUUAAUUUCCUCUCUCAACCUUUGUUUCAUCGGCUUUGAAGUUUGAACCUUCACAGGCUUCUCUCAUUUGGUUCAUUGCUGGCAUUUCCUCCCAGAGAUUUUAUUACCCACAUCACUUUCUCUUUUCAAUGGUGCCCAGUUCAAGAUUAGAACGAAGAGCUACAUUCGGUUCUGUGAACAAUUUAGGUGGUAGGGAAAUACUGGUCCAGCACUUGCUUGUUAGUGAAGACAACCAGAAGCUUCUUCCAGAGUUUCAGGAAAGAAUAUCAGGAGGAACGGAUUUGAGUGAGUUGGCUGCAGAACACUCAAUUUGUCCAUCCAAAGAAAAUGGAGGGAUCCUUGGUUGGGUGCGGAAAGGACAAAUGGUACCUGAGUUUGAAGAGGCUGCAUUUAGUGCACCUUUAAACAAAGUUGUACAGUGCAAGACUAAAUUUGGAUAUCACUUGUUUCAAGUAUUGUCUGAGAAAGAGGAACUUUUGCUUCAAGACAUUGAUCCAAAUGAUCUUUAUGUGAAAAUGCAAGAUCCAAUUUUCUUUAACGAGGCUCAAUUGAUAGAUGUUCGAGAACCUGAAGAAGUUGCCCAAGCCUCCUUGCCAGGUUUUCAGGUUCUUCCCCUUCAGCAGUUUGGAAGUUGGAGUCCAGAAAUAACAACUAAGUUUGAUCCCAGCAAGGAUACAUAUGUUUUAUGCCACCAUGGAGUGCGGUCAUUACAGGUUGCUAAUUGGUUGCAGACACAGGGCUUCAAGAGGGUAUUCAAUGUGUCUGGGGGAAUUCAUGCAUAUGCAGUUAAGGCAGAUGCCUCCAUUCCUACUUACUAAGAUGGAUUAAUUGCCCCGUCCAACAACCGACCACAAGAGAAUUACAUUGGUCUGUUAUUUAUUUAUCUUGGCCAGGAUGGUGAACCAGUCGUUUCAUGUCAAAUUGUACCAGAUCAAAAGGCUAUACUCCAGUAAGGACUGUCAAAAGGUUGAGUUAGCUGGGACCCCCGCCAUUUGUAAAUUUUUUCUAUCUGUAGUGUAGCCAACCUGGGGAUCUUCGUUUGGCUACAUCAUUGAGAGAGAGAGAGAGAGUGUUAUGGCUGCCAACUUGAAUACACUUUCUAAAGCAGCCGUGCGGUGACAGAACUGAGUGAGCUGCCAACUUGAUUUUACUCUGGUGACCAAAAAUUUACUGAGACUCUAGAAACACCUAACUGGUAACCUUAGAAUCCCUAUUGAAAACAAUAGAAUACCUAUAAAAAAGACUUCAACUAUGGGUUAGAAACGCCAUGGGGUUCCUUUUACAUCUAUGAUUUUGCUACUUCAAUUCAAGUUGAAGUCUUGUCCCUUUCAAAUCUGUUUUGACUAUGGCUUUCUUAGCAUAGAGGUGCAGAUUGACUACACAUUUCUCAUCAAUGUUAUAAAAGAUUUGACUC